UUCCCCCCUCCCCCCCCCCCGCAAUUAAGGAACAUUUUCCAAAACUCCCGUCCGGCUUGCUCCUUUCCUGCUCGUCGUCAAAUGCCUAACCCGGAGUGCCAUUCCGCUCUGUAAACAACUGAAGGAAAAAUAGGAGGGGAAAAAAAAAAUGGCAUCCCAAAACUUCCUAGGAGCCUCCAUCACGGGCGGCACCCGAGAAAAGACGUACUUUGAGCAGCAGCGCGAAGCACUGAUUGGGGAAAUCGCAAACAGCUUUGAGCACGUGUUGGCGAAUAUCAACAAGCUGAACCGCUCGUUGGAGGCUGUUAUUACUGUUGGCAACGAAUUCUCCUCUGUCGAAGCCCUCUGGUCGCAGUUUGAAAAUGUCAUGGCCAAAGAUCCCUCGGAGACACAGGGACAGCAGCAGCAGCAGCAACAAGGACAGCAACAACAAGCCGAGCAAGGAACAGCAACAGCACGACAAGAACACGGACAGAGACGGGGCCAAGAAGGACGACAAGAAGAGGAUGAUACCAAGAUGGAGGUGGAUGAGGAGGAUAGCAAGAUUAAGAUGGAGAGGUGAAUCGGGCACACGGAAGGAGAUCCAAGGACAACAUGUCACGUCCGAAGAAUGGACGCCGGACAGCUGAACUCUGGAUUGGACAAAUAAUCACACGGAAGGAUGGAUAAGAUACCCAGGCAAUUAGGCCAAUGCGAAAGCAUUCAAAUCAAUUCAAGUAAGAACUAUUAACAGUUCGGUUCACAGAUACACCCCGAGGUAC